UCUUUCUUAUCGAUUGAACCAACUGUUCUCGAAAUCCGUAUAGAUGGCGACAUCCACUCGCACCCGGAGAACGUUCCGAAAGGAGUCAAUUCCAACGCUGUCACAGACUGCCGGAGCGAUGGAGUUAGGUGGGGAGAAGCGCAGGACCAGGAGCGGAAGUAACUGAGGGGCAGAGAGGGAACGUAGUCGGCGAGGGAUCGCGGAAUCGUGGGCCGUAUCAGUUGGGUAGCAACUGUCGAGCACGUGUGUUGUUCGUAGUUGGAAUCAGGGUGAACGCGUGCGCGGGUGGCUGUGGUGUGUUGACGGUGGCAGAGUGGUGGUAGUGAUGGUGGUGGUGGUGCGCGAAAGGUGAUACUCUUCCUUUCUCGUCGUUUGUCCCGCGACCGCCUUUUCCUCGGCUGAAUCCUAAAGACACUAGGGAGUAAACAACAAGUUUAUAAAACGACGAACAUGUGAUUUCUAACAGGGUGAGACAGUCCCGUCAGAAUACUCUUUUCCGGUGCCGUUCGCGUCCUCCGUUGCGAGGGUAGUUACCUCGUACACGCAUCGCCCGCCGGGAUACGCCGCUGGACCCCCCCUCCCCGUCCUCCUGCCCCACAGUCGUACGCGUCGAGGGGUUGUCACCGCGCGUCGUGGAGGAGGGUAUGAUGUUCUGAAUUUCGAAGCAGCGAAAAGGACCACGCGCGCAUCAUCAUGGUCACGAAGCAUUUCGCUUCACAGGGCUCAAGCCCUGAGUGCGGCGUGCCAGAUAUGACAGUCAUCAGUGAUAUUGAUGAAAUCGGUAUCAAUCGUAAUCUUCAAGUUCGGUACAGUAGGGACCAGAUAUAUACAUAUACGGGAUCCAUACUGGUGGCUGUGAAUCCUUACAAGGAAGUGGAUUUCUACACAAAUGAGUACGUGAAUCGAUACCACGGCCAGAAGAUGGGCGCCUUGGAGCCACACGUGUUCGCCCUGGCGGAGGCGGCGUACAAGUCUCUGCAAGACACCGCGAGCAAUCAGUCCUGUGUAAUAUCGGGCGAGAGCGGGGCUGGCAAGACCGAGACCACUAAGUUCAUCCUGCAAUACCUGUGCUCGGUUACCAGCAACGUCGACACGUGGGUAGAGCAGCAAAUUCUGGAGGCCAAUACCAUCCUCGAGGCAUUCGGCAACGCAAAAACCGUGCGGAACGACAACAGCUCGCGCUUUGGCAAGUUUAUGCAGGUAUGCUUCGACAACAAGUGGAUGAUCAAGGGAUGCAUCAUCCAAGACUACCUGCUGGAGCAGAGUCGCAUCACCUUUCAGAGCCCCGGGGAGCGCAAUUACCACGUGUUCUAUCAGCUGGUCGAGGCCGGCACGAGGGACAAGGAAUUCGCGGAGCAAUAUAAGCUAAGACCGGCCAGCCACUACAAAUAUCUCAAUCAGUCCGGCUGCGUGAAGAUCGACGGAAUUUCCGACUCUAAAAAGCUCGACGCUCUCAGGCUCGCCUUCAAUGUGCUUCAGAUCGCACCGGAAAUGUGCGAAGGCAUCUUCCGGGUCCUAUCGGCCAUCCUGUGGCUCGGAAAUUUAAACUUCGAGGACGUCGACGGCGAGAGAUGCGAGUUGUCGAAGGAGGAUAGGAACAUAGUUGACACGGUGGCGCCGUUGUUGGGCCUUCAGGUGGAGGAUCUCACCAAGGUGGUGUUGAUACGACAGAUAAACGUUCGCGGUAAUAUCACGGAGAUCCCGUUGAAGGUGCAGGAGGCUCGGGAGAACAGGCACGCAAUGGCAAAGGCACUCUAUUCCCGCACCUUCGCUUGGCUCAUCAACCACAUCAAUAACUGCACAAAUCCGGGUCAAGAUAUUUCGCGGUUCCUCGGAGUUCUUGACAUCUUCGGAUUCGAGAACUUCACGCUGAACAGCUUCGAGCAGCUCUGCAUCAACUACACGAACGAGAAGCUGCACAAAUUUUUCAAUCACUACGUCUUCGCGUUGGAGCAAGAACUCUAUCAUCAAGAGGAAAUCCAGUAUUCUCACAUUACAUUCACGGAUAACACCAUGUGCCUGGAGCUGAUUGAGAAGCCCCCGCGAUGUGUUCUUAAAUUACUCACUGAGCAGUGCCAUAUGCCGAAAGGUUCGGAUUUAGCUUACCUGACGAACUUGCACGCUGAAUUUGAGAGCCACCCAUGCUACGUCAAGGGAGAUGACCGUCGGAAAUGGGAAAAAGAGUUCGGGGUUAAGCACUACGCCGGCUGCGUGACGUACACCGUCGAAGGUUUCGUUGACAAGAACCGGGAUGUACAGCAGGAUGUAUUCUUUGAUUUCAUGUCGAGAAGCACCAAUGAAUUCGUGCAGGAAAUCAGCGUUUAUCAGGAUCUAUUGGGGUGUACUGUAGCGCGCGCGACCGGAGGCACAACCACCACGAUGUCUCGGGGAACGUCCAAGGGCAAGCCAACCCUCUGCGACUCAUUUCGACAUCAGUUGCAGGCUCUAGUAGACGUGUUGCAGGCGACGACACCGUGGUACGCGCGUUGUAUCAAACCAAAUAUGGAGAAGAUGGCCAAUCAUUAUGACGAGAAACUCGUUAUGGAUCAGCUUAAGUAUCUCGGUAUGCUUGACAUCAUACGCAUACGUAAGGAGGGCUUCCCGAUACACAUGUCGUUCCAUGAUUUCGUCGCGAGAUAUCGCUGCUUGGACAAAGGCCGAUCCUCGCUCUCCUGCAAUGAGAAGGAGGCGGUUAGAUCUUUGAUCGCUAGACAAGGUAUACCGCAAACCGAAUGGCAAAUUGGCCGGACGAAGGUGUUCCUGCGAAGCUACGUGCAUGAACCUCUGGAGGAUUCCAGAAACCAGAUAAUAACGAGGAAUGCCAUUGUGAUACAGAAGGUUUGGCGAGGACACGUCAAACGGCGAGAGUAUAAGCGCCUAAGGGAAGCGGCACUGAAAGUGCAGCAUGCAUAUCGUGGUUGGAAGCUGCGAAUAAUGUUCAUCAGGAAGCGCAGAGCCGCCAUAGUGAUCCAAAGUCAUUUGCGAGGUGUCUUCGCAAGAGAAGUGGCCGCGGCUCUACGAGAAAUGCGACGAGUCGACGAAGAAAUGAGAAAGAGGGAACGGCUAGAGGAGGAACGAAGGCUGAUGGAGGACAAGAAGGCGUUAGAGGAGAGCCAGAGCGCGCAGUACGAUGGUAUUGCCGAGAUGGAAUCUGGGAAAGUGCAAGAAGAAAUAGCCGCGCUGUCGCAGAUGGCCGAGCAGAUGAAUUCAAAAAUGGCUACCUCGGAUUUGCAAUCGGUAGAUCUUGACAAUCUAUUCUCUUUCCUUUCCGACGUACAAUCAACCAAGAGCAAUCAAAUUAUUGAGGAGAUCGGGGAACAGAUGGACGAAUUAGUGGAAGAUCUUGAUGUAGAAUUGGAGACUGUUAUUCAACAAGAGAUGGAGUUAAAUGCCAAGGCUGCCGAGUCGAAAGUCACUUCUCCUAUUAACGGACAGGAAAUGCAAUCUCCGCAGCAGCAGCAGCAGCAGCAGCAGCAGCAGCAACAGCAUUUUUAGGACUUGUGUAAGUAUAUUCGCGGCGAAAUGAAGCUGGAUCAGGAGAUAGCCACGAUUCAGGGCAUUAUUGCUUAUGGAAUUGAGCGGGAAGAGCUAAGAGAUGAAAUUUAUGUGCAGUGUAUGCGCCAAGCAACGAAUAAUCCUAAUGCCGAGUGGGCGGAACGUGUGUGGCUGUUGUUAUGCCUAGCAAUCGUCGCUUUUCAACCAAGCAAGCUGCUCUACAAGUACUUUGUUUCCUUUUAGAAAAAUCUCGCUCUCGAAGGCAAGCUGAGGCAAUAUGUGCAAUGGUGCGUGGAUAAUUGCAAGAACACCAAGGUAUCCUGCAGGCAACAUCCACCGUCCACGGUAGAGAUUGCUGCCAUGAGACGAUUAGGAACUAUAGUAUGCAGAUUCUUCUUCUUGGAUGGAAGAACGAAAGCGAUCGACGUGCAUCCGACUGACACAGCUGCUGAUGCCGUCGCUAAACUGGGAGAAAAGUUGGGUCUUCGAUCGCUGGAAGGUUGGGCCAUUUAUCAGAGUAGACCGGAUGGAGAAGAACACGUGCGAGCUCACGAUUAUCUAUACGAUGUAAUUGCUGCAUGGGAAAUGAAGCAAUGCAAAUUGAAUACUGCACAAUCGACAUUCUCAACGUUGCGACGCGGCAACAAUACUACUUUGGGUAGCGGUGACAAUCGUUUCGUCUUCAAACGAAGACUAUUCCGUAAUCCAAGAGAAAUUUCACAGGACCCUGUGGAAGUUAAUAUGCUGUACGCACAAGCAGUCUACAAUGUUGUAAAGUGUGAUGAUUUCCCGGUAUCUGAAAAAGUAGCGUUGCAAUUGGCAGGAUUGCAAGCGCAGGUGUCCCUCGGUGAUCCUAAGGAUAAUGACAGAUUGGAUUAUUACAGCGAAGUGGACAGUUUCCUGCCCUACAGGAUUAGUCGAGCUCGCGGCGAUGAUGUUUGGGUGCCGAUUAUAGCACAAGCACAUCGACAAUACGGUGCUGGACGCAAGGAACUUGCUGCCAAAGUCCUAUAUCUGUCCUGCGUGAUGCAAUACCCUCUUUACGGCACAACGAUGUUUAAUGUGACUUAUCGCGGGUACUGGUCCUAUGGCAAUCAGCUGAUUCUCGGCAUCAACUGUGACGGUUUGAUGCUAAUCAAGCCGGACGACAAAUUCGUUUUAUCCGAGUAUCGUUACCAGGAUGUCGAGAGCAUUAUGUUGGAUCCGAGUGACUCGUUCAUCACGCUGUCGCUGUUACGACACAAUCCUGACAGUUCGCAUAAAUGUUUUGUUUUCGAGACUCCGCAGAAAAACGAGAUAGGUAGUCUAAUCGUCAGCUAUUGCUCGGCGCUUGCGGGUUGGAUCACGGAGAACGAGGUACCCACGAAAAAGCUCAAGUGUAUCACCAACGAGGAUCGUAUCCGGCUUUAUCACAAUUUGGUCAAUUGUCGGCGAACUUUAGUCGACUCAGAGAUUCUCAGGAAACCACAAGAUUCCGGCGGUGGUUUCCUCCGGAAUACACUCCGGAGAUUGUCGAAGCACCGGAUAGAAAAACUGAGACAGGAACACGGAAGUGCCGAUCAUGGCGAGACUUACAAGGGUUUUCCUUAUGCUUAUUGGGCAUUUAGCAGGCAACAAAUACCGCAAAGUUUAUCAAAACUGCCCGAUCCCGAUGAACAAGUAUCUCUGAGUAUCUUCCAAUUGAUCCUAACGUAUGCAGGACUUGGUCAGAAUGGGGAUACGGUGCGUAGGGUUGAGGAUGAGCAUGUGAAUCUCAUACAAACCGUGAUGGAACGUUGCAUACGGAAAGAAAAUCUAUUGGGCGAGUUGUACCUCCAAUUAAUCAAGCAAACAACCGAUCACCCUGAUCCUAAUAAUCGUGUCAAUCUCCGACAUUGGGCAUUACUUUCACUCGCGUGCUCCGUGAUUCUGCCACCUCAGAAAACUAUACGCAAGUACUUGAUCGCACAUCUAAAGCGAUGCGCUAGUGAUUAUGUUACCGAGGAAGGCAAAUAUGCGAGGUUCGCAGAGAAGUGCCUUUAUAAGACUCAGGGCACUCGCAGACGGCAGUGGCCGCCAAGUCGCGAGGAGAUCAUGUGCACCAUUAAUCGUCGACCAAUUUACGCGAGAUUCCAUUUUAUGGACGGUCAAUAUCAUGCCGUCGAGUUUCAUCCAUCUGCAACUGCCAGGGAUGUUAUGGAGAUCAUAAAAGUAAAAAUAGGACUCGAAGAAACUGCCAUGGGUUAUGCAAUUUAUGAAGUAUUGGGGCCGACCGAACGAUCACUGAUUCCCGAGGAGAAGAUAGCUGAUGUCAUGUCCAAGUGGGAGCGAUAUAGGGCAUCACAGCAGAAUCAACAAAGCGCACAACGCAAGCAUGCGCAUCACUUUUUCUUGUUUAAGAAACACUUGUUCCUAGAUCAAUACAUGAAUCUAGACGAUCCCGUGGAAAAGGAGCUGUUAUAUCAUCAAGUACUGCAUGAUUUGCGAGCCGAUCGAUUCCCCAUUACUGAAAAAGAAGCUAUGAUGCUGACAGCUUUGCAAGCGCAAUUAGAAUUGGGCGAUUGUAUAGAUACCAUAUCGGAACAGGAUUAUCGAACGAUAUCGAGUCACUGCCUAUCAUCGAGAUUGGUGCCGUGCCUGUGCGUGGAUGGCGUACGCCAGCACCAUCAAUCCCUGCGCGGGAUGACGCCGCCGGAGGCGAAGAAGGCUUUUCUAAAUUUGAUCCAGUCGUGGCCGUUGCACCGCGCGACGAUCUUCGACGUGAUGCAAUCGUUCACUUCAAAUUGGCCUCGUGUACUCUGGCUGGCUGUCGAUCAGCAGGGUCUACAUCUUUUAGAACAUCGUUCCAGGAACGCGCUAUGCACUUACGAAUAUAACAGUAUUCUAAGUUAUACACCCGCCGUUAAUUGCUUGAUGAUCAUUACCGGUACGGAUAAGAAACAGAGCAAAGUCAUUCUCACCACAUCGCAGGCUCAUCAGAUAGCGAAUCUGAUUCGGGAAUAUAUGGAAGUGCUUCAGUCACCGCCGGAAAUACCGAGGCGGGACUCAACAAUGGCUCAACAAUUGGCUGCGCAACAACAGCAGCAACAACAACAUCAGCAACCGCCUGCGAGUCUGUCGACGUCUACGGCUGGCGGGCGAAAAUCUCGGCCCGCUUCGAUGUUACAUAGAGGUGCUCCGGUAAUACAAUCGCAGGCUAGUUAGAAUGAUUAAGUGACUCUCCUCGCGGAAGCUAAAGACGAAGAUUUUCUUCAACCUGGUACCUAUCAAGUUCUCGUUAUUGGGCACCGUACGUUCCAUUACCAAGUGCCAUAAAUUCGAGAUUAUGCACACGAUGCCGUAUAGCGGUAGUGUCUAUUUUAUAAGAAAUAUGCAUAUACACAGUAAUUCUAAUUUCCAAACGGCGCUUCGUAUUGUCCACCGCGCGAUGAAGCGUCUCCUCUAUGUAACUAUCCUAGCAAUUUACUCCGAGAUUAAAAUACAUAGGAUAACGUUUAGUAUCAGGUUGUGGCGAUAAGAACGACUUAUAUUUAAAUGCGACACGUGCGAUUUAAUAUGCUAAAUGCGACUCUAAAUAACUCGAUAUAACUUUCGCGUAUAUAAACUCAGACAAUGUAACGUACGAGAUGUCUUUAGAAAUAUUGAGAAGACUCGAUCUUUCAGACUCAAUCUUUCAAGCACCGUUCGUAAGGAGCCGCAUUUAGCAAUAAAAUGCGAUGUUAGAUAGGAAUACGAAUAUACGGGGCGAAAUCUUAAAUUGAGUAUGCUUUUUUUCGGCCAGGCCUAUCGGAACGAUGAUGAAUCGUCGUACGAAGAUGGCACUAGAGCUUAGGAAUACUUAUUUCUUCCACUAUUUAUUGGAUUAGCUUAGAUCUCGAAAGAAAAACGUCAAAGACUAGAUUUAGUCUCCGCGAAUUUAGCCGAUUUAGGGAGAUGAGUGAUAAAUAACUGCCAUUAGAAGAGUUAUUGACCGUCGGAAAAGUUGCCGAGGACUUUUCUAUUUCUAUUAUGACCGUUAUCAUUGUUGCCUUUUUUACGAGCGACCGCCGCCACAUUUUUUGAUAAGGAUUUUUGCAACAGGAUUUUUGAAAUAUUAACGCGAAAGCUAUACGGCGAUAUUUAAUGUUUAACUAAUUAUUCCGUAUACAUCGUUAAUUCCAAUCGACAGUGUUAUACCUCUCCGGCAUAUCAGUUAAUAUCAACUGUGAAGAGUGAUUAAGAAGCUGCGCAAUUACCUAUGAAGCGACCAAAAAAA